GCAGUCCCGGCUUUUUCCGCGCCCCCAGGCGCGGGGACUCUUACUGCAGCGGGACUCUGGGAGCUGGGCUGCCCCGCAGACCUCGCCGCACCGCGGGAGAGAGACCGGCACGCCCGCUGAACGAGCUCGGUCCCAGCUCCGUGCGUGUUCCGCUGCUUUCUUCUCCUCGCUACCGGCCCGGUUCCUCUGCUCUGGGAUGCCUCCCAACCUCACCGGUUAUUACCGCUUCGUCUCCCAGGAGAACAUGGACAAUUACCUGCGUGCUUUAGAUAUCAACGUGGUCCUGCGAAAAUUGGUUUGCCUCUUGAAGCCCGAUAAAGAAAUCAUCCACACGGGAGAUCACAUGGUCAUCCGCACGAUCACCUCCCUGCGGGACUAUGUUAUGGAUUUUGACCUAGGAGUCCAGUUUGAGGAAGAUCUGGGACCCGUGGAUGGACGGAAGUGCCAGACCACUGUUUCCUGGGAGGGCGAUCAGCUGGUGUGUGAGCAGCUGGGAGAGAAGAGGAACCGUGGCUGGAGGCACUGGCUGGAGGGGGAUCAGCUGCAUCUGCGCAUGACUGCUGAAGACGAGGUCUGUGUCCAGGUAUUCCAGAAAGUGAAGUGAUGCCCGGCUGGAUGCCCAGCCGGGACCCUCGCUCCUGAGUGAAAACUGCCCCGGUAUUGAAAAUGAAACAAGACCCGAGAGAGCCGA